CGGAUCGGAAAUGUCGGAAUUGCACUUUUACCCAUCACCGCCGUACAGUGACGACCUGCGGUCCUCGAGUCCACCACUGGACAAGGAAGCCGGCGGUCGAUUCUAUCCGGAGUACAUCCCGCUGACUUCGCUGGAGUACGUUCACAGCUUGACGCAACGCGCCGUCAACAUUCGCGUGGAGACGUGUGAACGCGUCUCACCGCCAUCUUGGAUCCAAGAUCAAACGAAGCCAAAACCAACCCGCAACAGCCAACCCAGCCGAAGAAAGGUGAUCCCCCCGGUGAUACGACGGAAGCGACGCCUGGCGGCGAACGCCCGCGAGCGGAAACGGAUGCACUCGCUGAAUGAGGCGUUCGAUCGGCUCCGGCGAUACCUGCCCACGAUCGGGAACGAUCGGCAGCUGUCCAAGCACGAGACGCUCCAAAUGGCGCAGUCCUACAUCACGGCACUGGCCGAAUUGCUAAAAUAGUUGCGCUUGUUUUUGCGCGCUUCCUAGGUUAAGGUUUCAUUAGCAUAACAAUCCGCACCCGCAAGUCAAA